GUCUUGCUUUGAUUUCGCCGCACGGGCUCUUUGUCUAAUAAUGCACGGCGUGACGGGGCCGCGCGCGGAGUGAUUCUCCCUCCCGCAUCUGCCUGGAGUCCCAGCCGCUCCCUCCCUCCUCUGCGGGCUCGUCGUCGGUAGAACGGCGGAUCGAGGGAGUGCAGGCAGCGAGAGCUACGCCGCUCUCCGCUAGACCCGGGGACUCUCUCGGUCGACGUUUGCGUUUCGGCGCCUGAAAAAACAACAACAACCCCACAGCCUUUUGCGGCCACCAUGACAUCACUACUGCUGCCCGAAUAGCUUAAGACUGCGUUCGUGUUUCAGUCAGAGUGGACCAGAUUGGAGGGACGCGAGACACAGUGUAUCUCAACUGAAUGUUUUGAAAUCUUUUUGUUAACGGCGUGACACAGUCGUUGUGUGUGGAUGUUUUUAUUUUUUAUUUUUACAGGAGAAUGGCCUUUUCAUUAAGGGUGUGAGGGGGGGAAAAAAAACAACAACAACUCAUCACCGUCAUCCCGCGUGACGGGAGACUCAUUGUGUUACUGAGGAUGUGAACAGCGCGAGAUGCUAUGGCAGAGGCGGAUGUAGCAGCCAACGGUUUGGAGCCGCCUGGGCUCGCCGCCACAGCGUUUCCGUAUGAGGAGUAUGAGUGCAAGAUCUGUUACAAUUAUUUCGACCUCGACCGUCGCGCUCCUAAGAUCCUGGAAUGCCUUCAUACGUUUUGUGAGGAGUGUCUCUAUGCGCUGCACCUGCGCGAGGAGCGGCCCUGGCGCAUCAGCUGUCCUGUGUGUCGGCACAGGACUCCCGUGCCGGAUUACCGGAUACAGAACCUACCCAAUAAUACCAAGGUCACAGAGGACUUCCCCCUCUAUAUAGACUCGGACCCUCUGCCUCAAGAUGCAUUACCGCCGCAUCCGCCGCCGUUACACCCCGCACUCGUUGCUCUCAGGCGCGAGGAGGCAUCCGGGGCGUCCACCACGAGUCAGGCCACACCGUCAACUACCGUGUCCACUGCUACCACACUGUCGCAAGACUCGGUGUCGCGCUACGAGAGCUGCCACCACUGCAAGCGGCUGGCGCUCACCACCGGCUGCGUGUGCGUCGUCUUCUCGUUUCUGGCUAUGCUCGUGCUGCUCUUCAUGGGCUUGAUAUUUGUGCACAGCCACAGUGGGCCGCCGUCGCCCGCCGGACCCAUCUGCCUGUCGGUCGCAAGCAUCCUCGCCAUGGUGUCCGUGGUGGUUACGUGGCUUAUCUGCUGGCUGAAAUACAGACCUGAGCACGAGACAGGCCGUCCUUCAGCCACAAAUAACGGCAGCAGGAGAAACGCCUGAUCAUUAGAUAUUUACUGCUAGUUGGUGUACGUGUGUGAGCGCGCGUGCGCUCGUCCACUGUAAAAAUCACUGGUUGACUUGGAGUGUUUUGGGCCCUGCUUACAGUUAAUUUAGCAGUAAUUUUAUUUGGUAUGCAUAUUCAUUAUACCCCCCGCGCUGUGCUUUUUCCCCCCUGUAGCCGUAGGCAUGUUGUUUGGCCUUUAAAACUAUUUCCAAGAGCGCUGAGCAAUAGAUUUGGGUCACUAAGAAACCACCUCCUUUGCUUCUCAUCGACCCUAUGCAUAAACACGGUGUGACCGUGCCACAACCGACAAUCGCUAUAAGCGUGACACGCUAGCAGCAUUCGUGGUUUCGUGGGCUUUUCUGUAAAUCGUUACUCACGUAAGUAUCUAGGCUGUAAAAAUUAAGGUGUGGCUCUUUCUAACUGCUAUUUUAAUACCCAGAAAUCUGUGACAGAUGUGUGUGGGCACAACGCGCCAUAGCGCCUUCCACCUGUAGCCUCCGUUUAGUGUAUGUUAUAAAUGCGCACUGUGAUGCGUUGUUUUGAGGUUGUUAAUAUACUGGACAGGAAAACAAGAACAUUUAGUUCGGUCUGGCAUUUGUUUGGCACCGUGCAUUAAGCACGUCAUACGACCAAUAAGCUACAGAACUAAAUAUAGCCUAAAGCACUUGAUACAAUUUUUAAUUUCAAAUUGUAUGACCGAUGAAUUAUUCAGAAAAAAACGAACAAUGAUUUUGGAUUAAAAUCAUUGAGUCUGUUUCAAAUUUAGUCCGUCGUUUCACCUGGUUAGCCUAAUUAUACAAGGUUUCCUGUUUCUCUGUUCAAAAUGAGCAGAAGUGUGUCUAAACGAGGUUGUAGCGCACGGACAAUACAACCUCAGCGAGGUCCUUGACACCCCAGAAACGUAAAUCCAGAGAUUCGCAAACGUGUGUUUCUCUGUGAACAUUAUCUAUAAGAUAACUAAUGAACUGGAAGUACUGGGGAGGAUCCAGUUUACGUAAUGAGAUAGAAAAUCAGACUGAACGUUGUUUCGGGCUAUAAAUGUUAUGGCGGAUAGCUUUUUUAUUUCAUUUCUCUGAAAUGGUAAGAAACGUUUUUGAUGGCUAUUCUGUGCCUUUUUCUUUAUAUUUAUUUGUGAGUACUAAGCUCCACCAAUAUGUUUUUUUUAAUUUCUGCUAAUUGUUUAAACAAGGUUUAAGAUCACUAGACAGGUAAUUGCACUGGUCAUAGGGUGAGAAGUUUCUUUCAGGUUUGCGCUGCCCCCUAGUGGCGUAUUCAUGCAAUGCAGGAGUAGUUUACAUGUAGUGAUUUGAGCAGCCCACGCACAUACACACGCGCGUGUGUGUGUGUUGUAUGCAUGUGUGUGUUUGCGUCAGUAAACAUCCAUAUAAAUAUGUAUUGAGUGGGUGUAGAGUGGUCUCCAUGCAUUGUGUGUAUGUGUGUGUGUUUGUGAAGGGAUGCUGAUCUGGUUUGGACAGUCAUGAGUGUGUUUAGUCUCUGUGACAAUAUAGCAUACUGUUCAGAGGCAGGAGUGAAUUGUAUCUGUGCAGGAAGCUCAGUACUGCAGGGAUCUAGUGACCAGCUUUACUAAUUCUACCUGUAUGUCAUUGCAGUCGAACUCUGCCAUUUACAGCACAUAAAUAGUGACUCUGCUAUUACAUCUUCAAAGCAGUGGAACAUUUAGGAUGCAUGUUGCCACUCCCCAGAUCUAGAGACACACCUCUAGGAGCAAGAUCUGACAGUCAGGAACCUGAAGAAACGUGGUUUGAAGCUCUGAGCACUUUGUUUGCACAUUUCUACUUUUUUUUGUAAACAGUGGUAUGCUUUAUAUGUACUUUGGACUACAAAGAUUCUCUGAGUUCUCGAAACAUCUAAAAGGAACCAUAUUCACAGUCGACAACAGUUAUAAUCAGUGAAGCUGAUGAAAACAAUCAUGUAGUAUAGCUUUAAAGGCAAUUUAAUGUGUGGGUAUGUGAGCUUCUGUGAGGAGUCAAAAGACUCCAACCAUUCUUGUUUUUCCCCUACAGUUCUCCAUUCUUUCAUCAGGAGUCUGGGCAAGGCAACAGUCUUCCUUUGUCUUUCUUUUUCUUCUUCCAGAAUCAUUUAAAACUGCUGGAGGACUUAAACCAGGCCCCAGACAUCUUGGCUUUAUGUCCAACUAAAAACAAAACGAUGAUGAGCGAUACAGAAGAGAAAGAGAGAAAAGACAACUGAAAUUGUUUUGUUAAAUAAUUUAAUCAUUUAAACAAUACAAAAACAUAA